AUGGCAAAAUAUAAUUCAUUUGAUGAAAUUAUCUAUGUUAGUAGAAACGAUUUUCAAGUUAAAAUUCGUGGUCAACGAAUAGAAACUGCUGGAGUUGAAAAUGUCAUAAUGGCAUCAUCAAAUGAUAUAACAAAUUGUUUAGUUGUUAAAUUUGAACAUUCUAUAAUAGAAGAAGAUUAUUUAAUUGCUUAUAUUACAACAUAUAAUAAUAUUGAUAUAUCAGAAAUAAUAAUGAAAAAAUAUUGUCAAAUAUAUUUACCACAAUUUAUGAUACCAACACAAUUU